UCGCGGCCUCGGUUUUCCCAGCAUGUGCGUGAAAAGGACGUCAAUUUUGUGAUUGACUGGGAGUACACUUGGCCGCCCAGUGGCGAGGGCGAGGGCGAGGGCACAUCGACAGGUGACUCUGCAGCUGGGUCAUUGGAGUUCUACUUUUCCCCCAUCCACAAGGACCAAGAGAGCGACGAGUCGGUGGGCGUCGAAAUGCGGCUGCUCAACCGGGGCGCCCCGUCCCGUGUCAGCGUGCAGUACAAACGGAAACAGUACAGCGAGAACUGCCCAGAGUGCCGUUCCCUGGACCUGCCCAAAGACGCCUUCCACGCCUUCCUCGACCCGGAGCAAAGCCAGGCCAUGUUCGGCGACACAGGCCGGUAUGUGGAGGACGAUGGCGGCAACACCAUACUCCGAGACGGCUUUCGGCUCGACCCCGACGUGGACGGGGACGUGGCUAGCGGCAACACGGGGUCCGACCAGACAUGGAACCAGAUCCGGCGGUGGAUGGACAUGUGCCACGCCACGCACGACAAGUGCCCCAAGCCAACGACCUCCAACGAGAAUGCGGAUGGGGCCGUGACAGCUUACUACCCAACCAGGCUGCUCGACAUGCAGUCGCCCGUUGACGACGACCUCCACGGCCCGAUACGCCUCAUCACAUGCCGGGACGAGAAGCCGACAGGGCGCUACAUGACGCUGAGCCACUGCUGGGGGAAGCAGCCCAUCAUCACGCUCACCUCGGAGAAUCUGGCCGAGCUCUCGCAGCGCGGCAUCGCCUUUGGGGCCCUGUCCAAGACGUUCCAGGAUGCCGUCGUCAUCACGCGGAAGAUGGGGGUGCGCUAUCUGUGGAUCGACUCCCUCUGCAUCAUCCAGACGGGGCAGGACGCGCGGCAGGACUGGCACGUCGAGUCGGCGACCAUGGCCCAGGUCUACCGGGGCACCUUCCUCAACAUUGGGGCGACCGGCGCGGCCGACGGCCGGGACGGCUGCUUCCGGGCGAGAGACUACGACGACGUCUUUAGGCCGGCUGUCUGGAAAUCCGACUGCAUGACGCACUAUGCGCAGCACCGACAAAAGUACCGGCUUAUCGAGCCGUCCUUUCUCGACGACUGGCUGCUCGGCGAGCCGCUGCUGCAGCGCGGGUGGGUGUACCAGGAGCGCUUCCUGGCGCCGCGCAUGCUGCACUUUGGGUCGCGCCAGCUGUUUUGGGAGUGCCGCGCGACGACGGCCUGCGAGUCGUUUCCGGCGUUCCUGCUGCCACCCAUCGCCAUGAUGACCCUCAACCACCCCGAGCUCGUGGAGCUGAUGGAGGGAAAGUCGACGACGGACAGCAGGCGGGGCCACAGCGUGUGGCACCGUAUCGUCGAGGAGUACUGCGCCAAGGCCCUGACCAAGGGCGAGGACAAGCUCGUGGCCAUCUCGGGCGUGGCGCAGCAGUACUGGGACCUCGUGCUCGGCGCGGACGACCAGUACUGGGCCGGGUUGUGGAGCUCCGACAUGCCGCACGGGCUGUUCUGGUCGGUCGAGGACGGCCGGGGCAGGCGCCCGGACGGGUGGCGGGCCCCGACCUGGUCGUGGGCGUCCAUUGACGGCCCCAUCACCGCGGGCGCGGCAAGGCACUUUACUGCCAGCGGCAAAGACAGGCUGCUGGCCGCGUUUGAGCACCCGAAAAUCGGACGCGCCCGAAAGUCAAAUCCCUUUGGCCCUGUGACCUCGGGCGCGUGGAAGUUCCGGACGCGGCUCGUCCCCGUGCGCGCCGUCCGGGAUGGCAGUGACAAGGGCGGCUGGCAGCUGCGCGCAAACGACGGAAGACCAAUCAAAAACAGCAAGUGGGCGCCGGACGAGGCCGCCGGGGAUCCCGUUGUCCUGCUGCUGUGCCUCUGCGUGGUGUCGGGCGAGAGCGGCAUGCACGGCUUGACAGUUGCUCAAGUAGAGGGAAAGGACAAUGAAUACGUGCGUACUGGUGUCUUUGAGCUGUGGAAGGAGGACGGAGAUGACGAGGAGGAGGAGGAGGAGGAGGAGGAGGAGGAGGAGGAACAUGAGAUUGAGAUCAGCUUGGACUACUACGAGGAGACAGCAACAAGCGAUGGUGGUGGGGAAAUCGAACUUGAGAAAAUCCCACCAAAGCGCAGCAGUACAACAAGCGACGACGACGAGCCUCUGCAGCUUGCUUCGGAAAGCCGUGGCAACUCGACGGAUGGUGGGGACGAAGAAGAAGAAGAGAAGAAGUGGUUUUGCCCCCCACCGCCGUUCCGUAGCGUGUGGGAGCUGGGUGUCGAGUUGAGGACAGAGAACCACUGGUUGAUCCUUUACAGUUUGGCAUUUGGGGGAGAGGAGGACCUUUGGGUCGUGUAAUUUUUGGUUAUUAGCACUGGUUUCUUACACAGGUGCUCCUGGGACGAGCACGGACUUGUGGUUAAACAAGGAGAUCAACCUCCCAGAUGACGAUCCUCGGCUCGUCCA